UGAAUAUGUUUUUUUUGCUUUUCUUAUUUCACUUUUCUCAUGCUAAACUGUUUCGUCAGGGCCUACUACCUCCCCCAAUGACCAAUGUUCCUGUUCCGCAGGAAUCCUGGUUCAAUCAAACCCUAGAUCAUUUUAAACCUGGAGAUACAAGAACCUGGAACCAAAGAUAUUGGAUAAAUUGGGAGCAUUUCAGACCUGGAGGCCCUGUUCUGCUGAUGAUUGGAGGAGAAGGAGAAGCGAACCCUGUUUGGUUAAAUGCGGGUUCUUGGCUUGAUUAUGCCAAGAAGAAUGAUGCAGCAAUGAUGUUACUGGAGCAUAGAUAUUAUGGGAAAAGUCACCCUACUCCAGAUCUGAGUGUGAAGAAUUUGAACUGGUUGAGUUCAAAGCAAGCUCUGGCCGAUCUUUCCAGAUUUGUUGUAGAAAUGCAGGCAGCGCAUAAUCUUACUGGAAAAUGGAUUGCCCUGGGAGGUUCCUAUCCUGGUUCUCUAGCAGCUUGGUCCAGACUUAAAUACCCUCAUCUUAUUGCUGGAGCAGUAUCAACCUCAGGCCCACUUAGAGCUAAAACCAACUUCUAUGAGUACCUUGAAGUGGUUCAAAAUGCACUGGAAACUACCAAACAAGGAUGCUCAGAGGUCGUGAAGGAUGCUUUAAAGCGAGUCAAGUAUCUGACAGCCCACCGUGUAGGAUGGUCACUUUUAACCAAAAAGUUCAACUUAUGUACACCAUUUGACGGCACAGUAUUAACUGAUGUAAUAAACCUUUUUGAAUCUCUCAUUGGAAACUUUGAAGGAAUUGUUCAGUACAACAAGGAUAACAGAGAGUUUGAAGGAGCCAAGUGGAUGAACAUAACAGUUGAGACUCUCUGUAACAUUAUGACUAAUCCGACAGAAGGAACCUCCCUUGAACGAUUAAAAAUUGUAAAUGAUUUAUCUCUGCUCAUGGCGGAGGAAAAGUGCCUAGAUCACACCUAUAAAACUCAGUUAGAAGAGCUACAGGGCACACUUUGGAACCAAACCGCAGCAGUUGGAGGGAGGCAGUGGACUUACCAAACCUGUACGGAGUUUGGUUGGUAUCAGUCAUCAGAGAGUCCUUUAAAUCCAUUCGGAGAUAUUAUACCAGCAAGGUUUUUUGAGUAUAUGUGUUCUGAUAUAUUUGGGCCCAGAUUUGAUAUUAGCUUGCUUGAGAGAGGGGUAGAGGAUACCAACACUUACUAUGGGGGACUAGAUAUAGAGGUGACAAAUGUAGUAUUUGUCCAUGGCAGUAUAGAUCCUUGGCAUGCUAUGGGAAUAACAAAAACAAACAAAAGUGGGAUGGAAGCCAUUUUUAUUGAGGGUACAGCGCACUGCGCCAACAUGUAUCCAGGGAGCAAAGACGACCCAGAACAGCUGAAGAAUGCACGGAGAAGAAUUGGCCAACUCAUUUCCCAAUGGGUGAAGUAAAAGUAAAGUUUGAAAUAAAUGAAUGCAAGUUUC